AUGGGCGCUGCGGGCGUGGCCGGCAGGGGCGCACCCGAUUGGGCGCCGGCGGCCACAGCAGGGCGCCGGAGCAAGGGGAGGGGGGGUGCCAGUGGCCAGGGGCGGCCGGAGUCAGGCGCGGCGAAGGCCAGCGGGCGCGGGACGCGGCCGGUGCGGCGCAUCCGCGGCGGCGCGGGCGGCACCGGAGCGGGGCACGGGGAGCGGCGGCCACGCGCGGCCACGGGCGCGUGCGGGGGCGAGGGUGCGGGGCAAACGGACGGCGUGCGAGGCCACCGCGGGCGGGCGGCUGUGGGCGCACGCGACGGCACGCCGGGCGAGGCGAGGCCGCGGUGA